AUGUCUAAGGGGAUGUCCAUUAAGGAUGCGCUCAAGCAGUUCGAAGAUGAGACUGGCCAGAAAGCAAAAGAUGCCAAAAUAGUGAAACUGAUUGCUAAGAUACCAUUCAUCGACAAGAUGGAUGCAACUUUGUCGCAGCUAGAGUCGUGUGAACAUCUAUCACUGGGGACAAAUAAAGUGGAGAAGAUCGCCAACCUUAAUGGACUGAAGAACCUCAAGGUCCUGGCACUGAGCAGGAACGCCCUGAAGACCCUGCAGGGGAUUGAGGUGCUCGGUGACACGCUUGUUGAGCUGUGGGUUUCCUACAAUAUGAUUGACAAGUUCAAGGGCAUCACCGGCAUGAAAAAACUCAAGGUUCUCCAUAUGGCGCACAAUCGUGUAUCAGAGAUGCCAGAAGUGGGAAAACUCUCAAGUAUUGCCUCCCUUGAGGAUUUGUUGCUAAUAGGAAACCCUGUAGAAGAAGCCAAAUCAGAGGAAGGCAUUUGGUUUAGCGCGGUGAAGAAACAGCUCAAACAGUUGAAGAAGCUGGACGGUGUUGUGUUAGCUGGCGAUGUCGAUGAUUAG